AUGCUCGCCGCGGUGGAGGGCGAGAUGACGGAGGUCGCGCUGCUCAAGUCGCAGGUCGCGGCGCUGGAGCGCGUCGUCGAGCUGCAGGAAACGGCCAUGGCCGCCGGCGCCGCGAAGCACUUCGGCGCCCGCGGCGACGCCGCGAGCUACGAGGCCGUGCUGAGCCGCUGGCGCCGCGAGGUCUUCGCGUCGCUCGUGCGCGGGUCCGCCGCGAGCCGCGCGCGCGCGGCCGGCGCCGCGGCCGCGGCCGCGGCCGCCGAGGAGCGCGCGCGCGGCGCCGUCGCGCUCGACGCCGAGGCGCUCAUGCGCGGCGUCUUCUGCGCGCUCGACGGCGGCGACGCCGGCGCCGUGCCGCGGGCGGCCCUGCGGGCCGCCCUGCGCGGCGACGAGCGGUUAGGCGACCUCAUGCGCCACUGGGUCGGCGCCGAGGGCUGGGGCGACGUGCUGGACGCGCUCGACGCGCGGCUCGGCGGCGGCGGCGACGUGACCUGGGGCGAGGUGCUCCUGCUCUUCGUGCCCGACGCCGCCGACGCCGGCGCGCCGCCCGUCGCCGCGACGGCCGCGGCGCCGCCGCCGGAGCUCGAGCUCGCGCUCGUCCUGUCGGCGCCGGCGCCGGGCGGCGAGGCCGCGCCGCGCCUCGGCGCGCUCGGCGCGCCGCGGCUCCGGGCCGAGUGCCUGCGCCUCGUCCGGGACCGCGCGGCGCUGCUUCGGGCCUGCGCCGCGUCCGCGCGCGCGGCCGCGCGGAGUCGCGACGACGCCGCGCUCCUCUGGCGCCACGAGCUGAGGCUCGCGACUUUGGACCGCGACCGCGCGGUCCGCGACGCGCGCGCGGCCGAGGCGGCCCGGGGCGACGCCGAGGCGCGGCUCGCCGCGGCCGACGCGGCGCGCGCCGCGGCGGCCGCGGACACCGCGGCCGCGGCCGCGGCGGACGCGGCGCGCGCGGACGCCGACCGGCGCCGCGGCGCCGCGGCGCUCGACGACGCGCGCGCGGCCCGCGGCCGCGAGCUCGACGAGGCCCGCGCGGCGGGCCGCGCCGCCGCGGCCGACGCCGCGCGCCUCGCGGCCGAGCGCGACGCCGCGGUCGAGGCCGCGCGCGCGCUCGAGCGCGACGCGGGCCGCGCGGAGGACCGGCUCGCCGCGGCCGAGGCGCGCGGCCGCCGCGAGGCCGCGCGCGACGGCCGGGCCCGCGACGGCGAGCUCCGGCGCCUGCGGCGCGAGCGCGGCGCGCUCCUCGCGCUCCUCCGCGAGCACGAGCGGACGAAGCUCCGGUCCGCGGCGCGCCGCGGCGACGACGGCUCCGACGCGCCCGCGCGCCGCGCGCGGCUCCUCGACCUCCAGCACCUCGCCCUCGGCCUCCUCAGCGACGACGACGGCGGCGCGUCGGACCUCAGCGACGGCUCGUCGCUCUCCGGCGAGUCCGCGCCGGACUCGCCGCCGCCGCGCGCGGCCUCGUCCCGCGCGAGCUCGGCCCGCCGGGCCCCGAGGAUACCGCCCCUCUCCUAA